UUUUAAGUGCUGUCAAAUGCCAACCUACUAGUGCUAAUGCAUCCUGAGAUUAUUUACUGUCCUAAGAUAAUAAAAUCAUAAUAGUGAGUGUGGAAGUUUUAUGUAUGCAGUGUUACUUUACAAUGUCCACUUUUGCCAGCUGAGAUUUAGCUACGGAGAGUAAAAAGACCAAAAUGGAUUUUUUCUUUGAGGACCUACCAUCAACCUCUCAGUCCACUCCCAAGAAAGGGCCUGAAGACUCACGGAUGAGAGAAGACACGGACCACGAUUCAUUAAGAGGGAAAUCUUCAAGUGUGAGCACGACUGACAUUCAGGAGCAACAUAGCAGGUGUGCACCAAAAGAACCAAUCCAUGACCAGAGAGUCAGCUCAGGCAUAGAUGACAUCAGCAGAAGAGCACAGGAACUGGUGGAAAAGAUUAACCACAACCGCACCAGUGACCAGAAUAUGAUAGACAGCUUUCAGGAGACGUUAAUAGAGAAGGUGACAGAGAUGUGCCAGCAGAUGAAGGAGCACAUGUAUACGGUCUAUGAAGAGAACAGUGACAAUAUGCAGGUGAAGCUCCAGGAGCUGUCUGAGGUGCUGGAGAGCUGCACAAAGCUCAGUCAUGAGCUUCUGGAAGCCAGUAGAGCCCUGGCGUCUCUCCGAGAAGGUCUAGCAAUUAGUCAGGAAAUAGAACUGUGACAGAGUGAUUUUUAUCUAAUGUUAUCAUAUUCUGAACUCAUUAAUAAGUUAUUCAGAAUUAGUAUUCAGUGUUGAUUUUGUCAAAAUCCUGGAGCGGUUUGGCUUCCUCUUUCUUCUUUUGAUUUUUCUACGACAGCACGUAGAGUUAACAUUUAUGACUUCAGUCCAAGAAUAGAAAAGUUGAAUACAUGUUUUCUUUGUGUUUUGUUUAAACAUCUGUUGAUUCAGUGAAUAAAAUUACAACAA